CGAAGUGAUGAAGCUAAUCAGAGCUAUCUCGAUAUCGAGCGCACUACGCGCCUAUCAGUGCACCAUCGCAUCGUGUGUCAUUGUCGUCGCGUUGCGUUGGUUGAUGUUGUCGUCGGUCGGGUGUUGAAAGAAAAACGCAGAUUAUCAGAAAGCUGUUGAUCAAUAUCGUUGUUGUCGUCGUUGUCGGUCGGUAAGGAACGUGCCAUAAAACGCGUUUCUCAUCAACGGUAAGCUAGGCUAGGUUCCCAACCGUGCCAUUGAUUGCGGGACUUUAUUCCGAAUACGACAGAGGAGUUCGUUGGCAACGCAGAAUGUCGUCGUCGUCGAAAUGAUAUCGAACGGAAAUCCUUCCAAUGACUGGGAAGGUGUGUUGUAGAUAGGGUAGGUACCAUGCGGUUCGUCAACUUUAGUCAUGUUCGCGCGCGGUUAUCUUCGCGCGAAGGGAUUUGAAUAAAUCGCAAGGAUUAAGGGGGUUCAAGCCGAGAGGCAGUUGUCAACAGUCAAUCACAGGUGUCGAAAGCGUGAUGUAAGCUUUGAACUGUUAUGAAUGGGGGAUUUUUGCUUGCGGGAAAAUUUAUUGAAGAGUUCUCUUUAUGGUGCGGAGAUUAUGUCAUUGAGGUGCUGUAUAAGUACCGGCAUAAUUUUCAAGUGAGUCACGUUCAGAGAUAGUGGUGAAACUGAUCAGUAGAAUGAUUUAAGGUAGUUUAUUUGUUUUGAGUCCAGAAGUAGCCGUCCGUCACAAUGUAUUAUGUACGGUACCGACGGCUGCCUGCUAUGACACAGAGCGAUUCAAGAAACUAAACCAAAUCAAGAUGCGAGUCUUACAAUAGGCCUUGUAAUACAGCCAACGAAGCCAACAAUGACACAGCCGAGAUCAUCGUCGAACAGACAACUAAUGGCACUAAUGGUUUGAUGAAGAAAUUAGGAGAAAAUGCUCCUAGACGCAUGAAGGUAUCUACAAGAAGCACAACGUCCUUUUCAAAAACUUUGUGCAGCAAUAAGAACUGAAGAAUCUUGAUGGAAGCACGUAAGAUGGUUGAAAGGUAGAACCAGUAUUUCCACGAACAUUUGAACGAUGUGGGGAAGGUCUGAAGGGACAAUUUAGACUGUAUGACUGCGCUUCAGCCGAUAUUAGACUGGAAUGAACCAACUCCCUCUUUGAAUGACUAGUCAAGGCAUCAAUACUACCCAGUACCCAUCAGCUAAUACACAACGAAACGAAGCAGCUGACAAAAAUGGAUCUGUUUUUUUUUUCAUUUGAACUUGAUUGAGCGGGUGCGUCACUAAAGAGAUGUUUGGCCGCAUCUACGUUUGCAUUUACUCGGCUGAGUAUAAAAACUUAGAACGCGUCAGCUAUAUCUUAGAAAGGAGGCUUUUCAACGUGACCUACUGAAAGCCUUUAACUACCAAGAACAGCAUGAGUACAGCAAACGGAUUAUUCCAACGGCAGCGAACCAAGCAAUGAGUUAAAGACAACGAUUGGAAUAUCGGCUCUCGGCACGCGAGAACAUUGCAUAAACCUGAAGGUGUUCAGCCAGCUCCUGUUUUGUGAACUGCAUAAAGUCGAAGUGAAUGUGGCAGCUAUUCAAAAUAUACGUUGUUGCAAUUUAAUUCCGAACGGUGUAACCCAUGACCAACGCACCAUACAAGUACCUCAUCCACUAUAGUGGCGUCUUUAAGACUAAACGUGUGGAUGUGACGUCAUUGUGUUUGGAAACCAGAUGAAGCAAUAACAAGAAAAUUCUUGAACCAGUGCUUAAUUAGCAUCCUUAAGAGCCUUGAUAAGGCCUAGUGAAAGUGUUCGAAAUGAGAUUGUGUGACUACCAGGGGGUGGCAAUCAGCAGUACCCAGUUAACAGGUAAGAUUGCACCCGAGUAGAGAUACUUGCUCCCAGAUAGACCACGUGUUGUUUGGUUUCACGAGGAGUGUCAACGAGUGACGAAGUAUACCGUCAGGAAUUGAAUGCUAGUGGGCGGUACAGGUUGAAAAGAGCGGACUAGAAACGAGCCCACUGCAGCAAGAAGUUUCAGCAUGAAGAGUGUCAUUGUUGAAGCGCAUUAAAGGCGUGCAUCGGAACGAUAUGCGGAGGUUUUAUGCAAACCUCUUUAGAGUAAGAGAUCCCCGGAGAUGUAGCGUCGUUUCCCACCAUUAGGGCAGACCAAAGCAUCGGAAAGUCCUUCUACGUGUAAGCGGAUAGGGCUUUGUUCUUAUGGGUCGAUCCUGCUCCACCUCCCAAGGGUAAAAAGUGGAGAGAAGCCAUCUCGAAUGCUGGACAUUCCGAGUUCGAGCUGCAGGACUAGUCAGAUAAUCUCGGAGGUAAGCUUUACCAUUCUCGAUACCAUACUCUGCGGUGGUUCCGCAAAAACUAUGGGAUUUGUGACAAGAGGUGCGAACGAAACUGGUAAUGUAAACAGUUCAUAGGUGAUGAUCUCAGAAACAGCGCAAGAUCCGAGAGGUACAAGCUUAUCUACGCUGACGUAAUGGUUGUUUCGACGAAAAGUGUCAAGUGUGAUUGUAUCCUGCUGUUUACACAUAAGAUCUUGGAUGACAUAGAUCAUCUUUGAAAAUUAGUUCUCUACAGAACCAUUCUUCAUGAAACUGUAGGAAGUUGCUCCGUAUCAGUAAUGUAACAACAUUCCUUUAAUUUUGCUUGUAGACCUUAAGUUAAGACCUUUACUCGCGGAAGUUCUUGGAUGACCUGAAUAUCUUUGGAACGUAGUUCUCUACAGAACGAUGCUCCCGACAAACUUGCAAAAUGUGAGUUCUUCCUUCGGAAGGGAAGUAAAGCGUGGGUCCCGAGAUGAACUAGCCAAGGGCUAAAAAUCUCGUUAAUACAGAUAAAGAAAGAAGAAGAGACCUGGAGGAUGUUACGCUUCUGUAAUUCUGUAAUUAUGUAAUCUCAACGCAUCCUCUGGCCCCGUUGCCUAUCUGCGCUUUUCUUCCGCUGAGUGAUACGUCUACUGGAUGGCACAUGACGAUGUUACAAACUCUGGACUUAAUAAAAGUGAGUUUCUAAUACCGUUGGUCUAGCCGACUAGACCUUCAGCUACGGCACAAGCGUCCGAUCCUUAAGGGGCGCUGUAUGUGCCAUGUAAAUGUAAACGAUACAUAAGUUGCGCACUGCUGUUUCUAGAUCCAUGGCGUUCAGCAAAGUUACCGUUAUUGAAGAAUAUAAUAUCUUUAGUAGUUUUGGUAGCAUUUGUAAGCCUAACCAACUUGUAAUUAUUAAAGGUGAACUUGUCUAUAAAUGAACUGUGACCGAGUUUAUUAAUGCCGGACUAGAAACAGCAGAUGCGAUUCGCCAAAAGGUCAUCCAUCGAUCAGUUACUGUGGAACUAAGGGGCAGUUACGCUUCGGUAAUGUAAUAAUAACUCAUUGGUUACGCUUAUAGAUCUUAAGGCCUUUCUUUACUCGUGAAAGUUCUUGGAUGACCUAGAACAUAUUAGAAAACUACUUCUCUACAGAACUAUGCUCCAUGGACCUGUAGGAUGUUACACCAUCAGUAAUGUAACAACUUUUACUUUUACUAAGUUCUGGGAUGACCUAGAGCAUCUUUGAAAAGUAGUUCUCUGCAGAGCUAUGCUACAUGGACCUGUAGGGUGCUAACCCGCAUAAGUAAUGUAACAUCAAUCCAUUGAUUGGGCUUGAGAGUCAUAAGGCCUUUACUGGCGGAAGUUCUUGCAGGUUGUACAACAUCUGUGAAAACUACUUCUCUAAAAAACUAUGUUCCACGGACCUGUAGGAUGUUACACCGCAUCAGUAAUGUAAUAACAACUCAUUGAUUACGCUUAUAGAUCUUAAGACUUCUGCUCGCGGUAGUUCUUGGAUGACCUAGAAUAUCUUUGGAAAGUAGUUCUUUACAGAACUAUGCUCCAUGGACGUGUAGAAUGUUACAUAAGAUCAGCAAUGUAAUAACGGUCCAUUUAUUAAGCUUGCCUUUACUUGCGGCAGUUCUUGGAUGACAUCGAAUAUAUUUGAAAUUUACUUCUCUACAGUAUUAUGUGUCAUGGACCUGUAGGAUGUUAUCCCGCAUCAGUAAUGCAGCAUCAAUCCAUUGAUCACGCUUGUAGGUCGUAAAAUCAAGGAAGUUCUUGGAGGACAUGCAACAUCUUUGCUAAAUACUUCUCUUCAGUACUAUGCUCCACGGAUCUGUAGGAUGUUAUACUGCAUCAGUAAUGUAACAACAAUAAAUUGAAGUAGAUCUUAAAGUACUUACUUUAUGAGCCUUUUUUAUUUAUUGUCGUCAAUCAAACGUAGACCAAUUUCAAUACAAUUCAUGCUUAAUAUCUAUUUAUACAUAUUGUGCUGGCACCACUGGCGAGGGACCACGAACCGGUAAUUAACAAGUGAAACUGGUUGACAAUUCACUUUGACGUUUCGAUGAGGUACAUCUGUCAGGAGGAUGAGAUAGCGAAAAUUGAUAGAGAUUGUCGCAAAUACGAGUUUUUCCAAAAUCUUUAUUACAUAUUUCUCUUAAUAAUAGCAUAAAAUUAAAGCUUAUAGAUUGUUUACCAGUGUUGAAUUGGAAUUGAUUUGAUUCUCGUAAGUAAAUUAAUGAUAGUGACAUGCAGAAAGGAUAAAGUUGUUAAUAAAAAAUCUUAUAUCAUUAUCUAGUGUCGCUGGGAAAUAUAGGCUUAAAUCUACUUAAAAUUAUAUAAUUCAUACUUACCCGGCAUAGUGGUUGAAUCUAAAACGAAUCUUAAAGCUAUUGUGAGUAUAGUUAACAUUGAAACAUACAUAACAUGAAAUUAAAACUUGACAAAUGAAACUUAGGCUACGAGGUAAACGAGACUACGCACCUAUUCCAUCAUCCGCUGCAUGAGGCGAUAGAACUAAACUACUUCUUUUUUAGCUUCUACAAAAGCUGCUGGAAAAAAUCUAGUGUUUCUGCCACCGGUCCGAACAAUUUCUAAAAAAGAAGUAACUGGACCUAACCCCAACGCGAUGACGGAUGGAAACGUAGAUCUCACACUGACUGCUUGCAGUUCCUGUGGGCAAACAUCGGAUACCAACGAGCAGAUGGUUGGCUGUGAUUCCUGCAAAGGUUGGUUCCAUUGUCGGUGCGUCAAUGCCACGGAAGCUGACUUGGCUGAACCGAAGUGGUUUUGCUCCGCGGAUGAGUGUCAACGCCAGAAAAAAGGAACCACAAAAAGAAGCAGCAAGACAUCCAAAAAGGCUUCUGGACAUACGUCGGACUCCGAUAAGACGAGUGUUAAAUCGGACCGCCAAGUUGGACCGCAUCUUUCCCGAAUCAUGCAAACGUUGCAGAAUGAGCAGAAGUCGAAAGAUGAAGAGCUGCAAAUGGAACGGAUCAUGAGAGAGAAGCGCAUCGAGAUGGAUCUAGAGUUCAAGAAAAAACGUAUGGCAAUGGAGAAACAGAUGAGGGACAGAGAGAUGGAAUUGGAGAGGGAGUUGCUUGAACAAUCACUCGCACAGGAAAAGGAGCAUUUAGACCGGAUGAAACUGAUGAGACUACAGUAUCGAUCUCAAAUGGAUCAAGUCCAGCAGGAGAUAAAACAGUUGAACACAACGUCCGAAGCUGAUGAAACUCCGAAGGCAGUUGAUCGGAAUCCAGCCUUUCUGGGAGAGAGUUCUCGAGCGACUUUCGUCAACGCGGAUGCUACAAAUGUCUCUGUUCGAUCGAACUUGUCAAAGUUUAAGCCACUCGCCCCAAGUAAACAAGGUCAUGAAACCGACAGCGACGAUAGCGAUGAGACGUCUGACAGCGAGUCUUCAGAGGAGGAGUCUGCAGAGGAUGAAUCGGAUUCCGAAGCGGAGAAACCAAGGACGGGACCGUCCAAGGCUCAGCUGGCGGCCAGAAACGGAAUUACGAAAAGGUUACCUAUUUUCACCGGAAAGCCCGAAGAAUGGCCGUUAUUCAUCGGGGCAUUUGAAGCAUCGACGGAAGCAUGUGGUUUCAGCGAAGUCGAAAAUCUUGUCCGCUUGCAAGAGAGCUUAAAAGGGCCGGCUCUAGAAAGCGUGCGUUGCCAACUUCUGUUGCCAAAAUCCGUUCCUCGAGUCAUAAAGAAGUUGCGUCAGAUGUACGGAAGGCCGGAGCAGCUGCUCCAAUGCCACUUGGAGCGGAUUCGGAAGUUGGAUUCACCGAAGGCAGAUAAGCUCGCAAGCUACGUUCCGUUUGGCAACGCCGUAGAGCAACUCUGCGAUCACCUCAAGAUGGCCGGACUAAAGGAGCAUCUAGUAAACCCUCUUCUUCUACAAGAUUUGGUAGACAAGCUACCGUCUGGUGACAAACGCGAAUGGGUUCGAUAUAAGAAGAAGAAGAAGUCUGUGACACUGUGUACGCUUUCGAAAUUCCUAUCGAAAAUCGUAGCUGAGGCGUGCGAAGCCAACGUUUCGUUAGAGAUCAAACCAGAUCCAAGGGUUUCUGUGUCGACGAAGGCCACCAAAGGGAUAUCGAAGGGAGCCGUGUUCAACCACAGUUCGUUGGAACCUUCCAAUAAAAGCGACGAUGCAAGACGGUCACAAAAGCCGUGUAUAGUGUGCCAACGCAAUGAUCAUCGUCUGAGAUAUUGCGAAGACUUUAAAAAACUGCCUGCGGCCGAUCGCAUCAAGCUAGCGCAGCAAAAAAAGCUUUGCAAGGUGUGCCUCAACGACCACGGGAAUGCUGAGUGUAAAUUCAAGCUACGUUGUAAUGUUGGCGACUGCCAACAACGCCACAAUCCGCUUCUGCAUCCCCCACAAACGACGUUAGCGAUUAAUGCGCAUGUACGAGUGAACGGUUCAAUUCUUUUCCGUAUGCUACCCGUUAUGCUGCACUGCGGACAAAAGUCUGUGAGCACUCUGGCAUUCCUCGAUGAAGGUGCGUCGGUAACACUGAUUGAGCAGCAUUUGGCGGAUAAAAUUGGCGCAAGCGGCGUGAAUCUCCCAUUAACAAUCAACUGGACUUCAGAUAUUUCCAGAACUGAAAGCGACUCGAUCUGCACAAAUUUAUGGAUUUCAUCCCCUGGAAGCAACGAGAAGAAUUUGCUUAAGACGGUGCAGACGGUUCGUGAGUUGCUUCUUCCUGCACAAUCGCUUGAAUCCCCGGAAAUGGCGAAGCGAUAUGCUUUUCUGCGUGACGUGCCUUUCCUUUCCUAUCAAAGUGGGCGCCCAGGACUAUUGAUCGGGCUAAACAAUAUCCACGUCAUUGCACCUAUCGAAACCAAACUAGGUGGACCGGGAGAACCAAUCGCAGUGAAAUCAAAACUAGGCUGGACCGUGUAUGGUCCACAAACGGGAGAAACUAUAAGCGAAGCCUUUGUGGGUCAUCACGCAGUGAGCAACCAAGCAAUUCAUGAUCUCAUAAAAGUGCAUUAUGCCCUCGAAGAAUCGGCGACAGCUGUACUUCAAGAAUCGAAGGAAGAUCGAAGAGCCCGUGACAUCCUGGAACGGACGACGAAACGCAUAGGAGACCGUUUUGAGACGGGACUUCUAUGGAGAGCUGACGAUAUAGUGUUCCCGAAUAGCUUCCCGAUGGCCCUUCGGCGUUUGGAACAUCUGGAACGACGUUUAGAAAAAACACCUGAAUUGUACGAGAUUGUAAGACAACAAGUGAUCGAAUACCAGAACAAGGGGUACGCGCAUAGAGCAACGGCUGAAGAACUGACCAAAAUGGAUCGUCGCAGGAUGUGGUAUCUGCCCUUGAACGUGGUUUUAAACCCAAAAAAGCCCGGCAAAGUUCGCCUGGUGUGGGAUGCGGCGGCACGCGUCGAUGGCGUUUCUCUAAACUCUCAGCUGCUAAAAGGACCCGACUUGCUGACUGCAUUACCGGAAAUCGUAUGCCGCUUUCGAGAGCGACCGGUUGCCUUUGGUGGAGACAUCAGAGAGAUGUACCACCAACUGAGGAUACGCGAGGUGGAUAAAUCGGCACAGUUAUUUCUGUUCAGAGCAAACCGUACAGAUGAACCGGCCAUCUACAUAAUGGAUGUUGCCACAUUUGGCGCCGCAAGUUCUCCGUGUUCGGCUCAGUUCAUAAAGAACCUGAAUGCUCUUGAAUUCUCCAACGAUUUUCCAAGUGCAGCAGAAGCAAUCAUCAAAAGCCACUAUGUUGAUGAUUAUUUCGACAGCGUGGACUACGUAGAAGAAGCUGUUCAACGAGCGAAGGACGUAGCAUACGUACAUGCAAAAGGAGGAUUCCAAAUCAGAAAUUGGGUGUCCAACUCUGAGGAAGUGCUUCGCAACCUCGGAGAACAGAAAGUCGUGACCAACGUUCGUUUGACGCAGGACAAAAACAUCGAAACCGAACGCAUCCUGGGAAUCGUAUGGAAUCCGACUGAGGACACUUUCUUGUUUUCUGCAAAUCAUCGACCGGAUCUUGAGGCGUUUCUCGAAGGCGACGAAAGACCUACAAAGCGUAUCAUCCUCAGCUGCGUGAUGGGAUUUUUUGACUCCCAAGGUAUGUUUUCUCAUUUCACGGUGCACGGUAAGCUUAUUGUGCAAAACCUAUGGCGACUGGGUUAUGAUUGGGACGAAACAGUGAACGACGAUACUUGGGCAGAUUGGAAGCGAUGGACUGCUCUUUUACCGUGCGUGGAAUCAGUGAGAAUUCCACGGGCGUAUUUCGGUAGUCUACGAUCGGACGAAAUCGAUUCCCUCGAAUUACACGUGUUCACUGACGCUAGUGAACAUGCGUAUGGAACAGUGGCGUACUUCAGAGCAACGGUAAACGGAACCUACAAGUGUGCGUUAGUCAUGUCACGGUCGAAGGUAGCACCACUAAAAAGGCAAUCAAUUCCCCGGCUGGAGCUUUGGCUGCUGUACUGGGAGCUCGACUAUUGCGCACUGUCGAAUCAAGUCAUACACUGCCUGUUCAUCGACGAUUUCUGUGGACGGAUUCACAAACUGUGUUAAGCUG